GCCAACAAAGCGCAUAACGUGCCGGGCCUGGCCCUCACUCCUCUUUGGAAACCCCACUUAGGACAUGAUCCGGCCCGUAAAGAGAAAGGCCUAAAAUCAAAACGGGUCAGGUCCGGUCCGGGCCGGGCGCGGACUCUUCAUCUUAAACCCUUCUCCGCUUCUCCCUCACUCGAUACUCCGAUGCAUCAAACCCCUUACACGGGGCGCCCGACACCCUCCUCCGCCACCGCGCCUCGUGCCAUUCCAGAAAUUCGCAGCUACCAGGUAGAAAUCUUGCUUCGAUCAUCAAUUGGACGCUUUUCAUAUUCACCACAUAUAGAAAAAAAGAGAAAGGUUAUGGUGCAACCACUAGCGGUCGACUCAAAAAUGCUCGGUUCUAGCUUGUUUUGCGCUCAAAAUGAUUUGGCCGCAGGUCUAGCCUGGCCUGAAUCAGGCUCGGCAAUGGGGACUUCGGGCCAGCCUAGAUCGGUUAGCACCUCCAAUUGGUGCUAUAAUACACAACCAUUGACAGCAACACAAUUUGGCGACCAGGAUCUGGGCUCUCGUUAUUCCACACAUCAAUUUGAUGAUCUGGCGAGCUUGCUUGACAAUAACACGCGAGCAUCAACAGUUGGAGAAUCCUUCGCUCACAAAUCUUAUCUCCCUAGCCCUUGUUUGGUUGGGGAUUAA